UUGCAGGAAGAGUCUUUAAGGAAAUUGCGAGAAGCGACUGUAAUCGCUUCUCGAAGCCAGAAAGCUCCAGAAAGAGGACUUUGGGAAGCCGAGCCCCCUUCCCUGUACUUGAUUUAAAGCUCGGCAUCUCCGCUUCUAAAUGGAGAAUGAACCUCCUGUAAUAAGAGCAAUAGAAAGUGAAAAGCUUCCUCUUCUCCCUUUAAGAUCACUUUAUCAUCUCUGAUGUUAGCAGUGGAGAAGCAAAAAUGGAAAGAAUUUCCCGCACCAUCCCACCCCGUUCCCCCCGCCCCCCCCACUCCCGUUCAGGAGUCCCGAGAGCAAACUAACUCCUCUUUCUCUCCUGGAGGAUCCUUUCUUGAAUGCGACUGUAUGGUGUAUAUCUGCCCGUAAUAUUAUGAACCGUAAUGUUUAUUUCUAAAAUAAGAUUUUUUGAGGGAAAGAAUUUAUGGACAAUUUCUGUUUUUAUAAGUAAUGUCAAUUCAGUUUCUUUUAGAUAAAUAUGUGUACCUAGCAUUUAGUACAAAAAGUCUUUGGAGUGGACAGAGAACUGGAAAACUACGCUAUUUUUACAAACCUGAACUUUUAUGGAGGACAAGCUAUGCUUCUCCUCUUAGAGUGUUACACACAAGCAGCCAAUACUAUAAAUGGACAAGAGGCAAAACAGAGUGGCAGAAGUACCUCUACUGCCAUUACUGUCUGGGUUACAGAAUUUCUAAAUUUAGCACUUCUAAGGAAUUGUCCAAAAACAAUCGCAUGUCCCGAUUGAAGAACACUUUAGAAUCUGUCUCCAAGGCUGUGUCUGGCACUCACAGUGAACUAGUUUCACGGCUAGCUCGUCUAAAACCUCAAUCUGCUAUACUGAAAAAAUCAGUUGAAGCUGAUGGGAAGGAGAAUAGCUUUUUUAUCAGUUCAGAAAAAUACAGAGAAGUCCCAAGUGACAUCUAUCAGGAGGAUUAUGAUGAUAACUUACAUGAGAAAAAGACUGUGUCUGCAGAUGGAAUCUUAGCAUCGGUCAAUACCAUUCAAGGUUCUUUGAAAGAUCCCUCAAAUAUCAAAAAUAGUCUUUUUCAUGUUAGCAAAUUUGCUACAAACUUUGGGGAAACAUACAACUUUGUAGCCCAUCAUAUCAACUGGUAUUUUAGCACUGUUGGAAUGGAUCAAGAGAAGAAAGAGAGUGUUCUCCCCCCUAACCCACCCAAACAAAGUGAAGAAACAUUUAAUUCCUCAGAAGAUGACAUUUUAAGUGAUGAAAACAGGAUGAGUGCAGUAUCUGCUUUAGUACCUGCCUCACAGUUGCCAAAUGCUGAAAAAGUCCCUUCUUCAACUUCCAGUAAAAAGGGUAUUUCAAGUUUUCUUUCUUAUCCUAGUAACAGUGUACAGGCUUUUGUGGAUAGUUACAUUGGAGGCCUAGUACCUAAGUUACGAUCGGAUACAAAAUCUGCUGUGCAGGAAAAGACUAAAGAACAGGAACAAGAGGACAUGUUGAAAGAUGACAAGGAGGCUAAACGUGCAGAAGAGAAAGAAAAGAGGCUAAAUCUUCAAAGAGAAAAGAUUAUUGCAAAGGUUAGUGUAGAUAAUAGAACUCGGGCUUUAACUCAAGCAUUGCGAAGAUCGUCUACUAGAAGAGUCUGUAUCAACAGAGUUGAAGAACUGACAUACCAUCUGUUGGAAUUUCCAGAUAGUAGAGGCAUUGCCAUUAAGGAAAAUGUCAUUCCAUGCUUGCUGAAACUUAGACAGACAAAAGAUGAAGCACUACAGGCUGCUGUGAGAGAGGCCUUGGCUGUGGUUGGCUAUACAGACCCAGUAAAAGGGUGGGGCAUUCGAAUUCUUUCCAUUGAUGGUGGAGGAACAAGGGGCUUAGUGGCACUUCAGACUCUUCGUAAAUUAGAAGAGCUCACUGGAAAGCCCAUUCAUCAACUUUUUGACUACAUUUGUGGAGUGAGUACAGGUGCUAUAUUGGCAUUUAUGUUGGGGUUAUUCCAUAUACCUCUGGAUGAAUGUGAAGAACUUUACCGGAAACUAGGAACAGAUGUCUUUAAGCAAAAUGUCAUUGUUGGAACAGUUAAAAUGGGAUGGAGCCAUGCAUUUUAUGACAGUGAAAUAUGGGAGAAAAUGCUUAAGGAACGAAUGGGAUCCGAUGUUAUGUUUGAAACAGCAAGAAAUCCUAAAUGUCCUAAGGUGGCUGCCAUAAGCACUAUUGUAAGCAGAGGAACACCACUGAAAGCCUUUGUAUUUAGAAAUUACAAUCACUUCCCUGGAGUAAAGUCACACUAUCUUGGUGGUUGCCAUUAUAAACUGUGGCAAGCUAUCAGAGCAUCAUCUGCAGCACCAGGUUAUUUCCAAGAAUAUGCACUGGGUAAUGACCUUCAUCAGGAUGGAGGGCUUCUUAUAAAUAAUCCUACAGCAUUAGCAGUGCAUGAAUGCAGAUGUCUUUGGCCAAAUGUCCCUCUUCAGUGUGUGGUGUCCCUAGGAACGGGUCGGUAUGAAAACCAUGGGAAAACCAAUGUCACCUAUACAAGUUUAAAAGCUAAAUUGACUAAUGUCAUCAGCAGUGCUACUGAUACUGAAGAAGUUCAUAUUAUGCUGGAUGCCCUUUUACCUCCAGACACCUAUUUUAGAUUUAAUCCGCUGAUGAAUGAAGAUAUUCCUCUGGAUGAAAAUCGUAAAGAAAAACUGAAUAAAUUGCGGACAGAUGGCAUCCGAUAUUUAGAAAGAAAUGAUGAGAAGUUGAAAAAAGCUGGCAAAAUAUUAUCACAGGAAAAAAAUAUUUUACAGAAACUGAGUAACUGGAUGAGAUUAAAAGCUGAUAUGUAUGAUGGCCUUCCAAUUCUGUCAAAGUUGUGAAUAUGUAAAAUGUUACACAUCAUAGGUGCAAAGUUGUAUAUGAAAAGGGUUCAACAUUUGUUAGUCAUUAUGUAAUCAUUUUUAAAUUCAAUAAGCAAACAAGCUAUAUAAAAUGCAUUUCAAUCUCCAUGGUAGCUUUUUUGAUUGGAUCUGAAGGUCCUGUGUGCAAACAGAAGGAAGACCUUCCAUUUCUAUUUCUUCCUUGUCUCCCAGUCUGUCAUCCUCACACUCAAUGUUUCUCAGGGUCCUUCAAGCCAAUAUUCAGCAGGACAUGAAUAUGCAGAUCAGUACUUGUGAUCACUGCUGAUGCUUUUUUUUUCUAUAAACAGAACACUUGUAAAAUUUGGGAUUUUAUUAUUUCUUGAAGUAUAUGAGUAUUGGUUUUCAGAACCUCACAUAACUACGACUUAUAUUCAAGUGCUGGUAUAUUUUUUUUAAAAUGAUGUCUAAAUUUGUGACAAUUAUGGUACAAAACUUUCAAUAUAUUGUGAAUGCACAUAAAAAAUCAUGCAGUUUACAAAAUCAUACUGUGCUUAUGUGCUAGUGGAAAAUUACAGCAUGAGAAGAACCAUAGCAGAUAUGUUGCUCUACAAAUAAUUGAGUCAGAAUAAAUCAAACAGUUUAGUUCCCAUUGAGAUUAAUGACAGUAAACAAUUUUAAAUCCAUUGGGAGUAGUUCAGCUAAUUUGCUGAUUGAAUUACUAUAUAUUAUAGACUUGCAGGAUAUUAUACUGCCAUUAAAUGUCAUGAACAUUGUCUUGAUUUGUGCAUGUAAACUGUUUUGUUCUAAAAUGUUACAUGUUUUGUAGUGUGCAAUGCUUUAACUAUUUUAUUUUAUCCAAUUUAGUAUUUGACAUAUUGCAAUAAAAUCUGUCACACUUAAUAUUUAUUCAUUUUUCCCAAAAAAAUUAAAAAAAUUUCAAAGAUUUUGGUUCAGAACAAUUACUUCGCUGUUUGAAAAGCAAAUCUCUAGAACUGAGUCUUGUAUGAAAUAAAAUAAAUGUUGAAAGAUCCUCAUUGUGUGAUUUU